AUGAAGAAUGCUGUAGGAGGGUUAUUUUCAGUGGUGGAGUCACAGUCAGAGAAGGCGGAGAAUUUGAAGCUGGGCCGGAAAUCGAGGGAUCGAUUCACCUUUUUUUCUAUCGACCCGGCGGGUUAUACAAACCCAGAACUUCCGUUCGAGAAGAAGCUAGAAUCUGUCUUGAUUCAUCAUGGAAUUGACCCAUCACUAUAUCCAUUCACUUAUAUCGUCACAACACCUCGCUUUUUUGGCUAUUCGUUCAAUCCUGUCUCUUAUUAUUAUCUUUAUUCGGCUCAGCAGGAGCUUAAACUCGUUGUUCUAGAGGUAAACAACACUUUCGGCGAGAAACAUCUCUAUAUUCUCCAUAGCGACAACCCGGCGAACCCACCGGCCCGGAAAGGGUAUACAUUUGCAGGCGAAAUGGAAAAGACAUUUCAUAUUUCACCAUUUAAUCAUCGAUCAGGAAGUUAUCACAUCCAAGUGCGGGAUCCGCUGGAUAAUUUUUCAAGUGAGGGCUCAAGGGUGGAUAUGCACAUGGUAGUGCAUGCUAGAGACGGGACGAAGAGCAUGGUUGCAAGGGCUUUUUCGGUGUCACCAUCAUUUGACAUGGUUACCGGAAGUACAUGGAGGGGGUUAAACAUUGUCGUUACAUGGGGAUAUAACACGUUUCUGGCAGUGCCUGAAACUAUGUAUGAGGCAUGGAAAUUAUACAGAAAGAAGGCCGUUGUAUAUACAAGGCCGGAGGUCCUUGUUGGAAGUGGUCAAAGAGACGCAACCAAAGCGGAGAGUUGCAUGCAGAAACUCUGGCUGGAUUAUUUCAGGUGCCGGGUGGAAACUUACAAUGAACCUCUUUUAGUCACCUUGACUUUGCCCGAGUCCAAUGCAACCAAGGUUGCGGAAGUCGUGACUUUCCAGUCCAAGACACGGCCAAAACCUCGGGCUUUAACGCUGUCCUCUGAGCCGAUAUUUGCAACACCGGAAUUAACCCCACCUCCUACACCCACCCAUCUGACAGUCCGGGUUUCAAAUCCUCGGUUUUUUGCGCGAUAUUUCUCGCACCAGGACCCUAAGCAGACAAUUUAUCUCGAUAUUACUUCACAGCCAGAUGAACGAAAGUUGGCACAAAUCAAUGAUCUCCCGCUGUUCCAGGAUAUUCUUUCACCAAAACAAGAGAGAAAAUUCCCGUCGAGUAGCUGGAUGGAUUGGAGAUGGAAGAUCACAUCGUGGUGGAGACGUAGGAAAACAUCUGCAGAACUCGAUAGCUUGCCGCCGGAAGACGCUCAGACGCCUACGGUUUACGAGUGCUCUAGCAUGAGCACUCUCGAUGAACACUUCCUCACAGCGGAUAUGAAACCGUUAUACCGGAAGACGACAAUGACUGCUGUUCUUAUCGAUUGUAUUGCGUUUGGAGAAGCUGAGAGUCUAGAGUUGUACGAAAAGAUUGUCAGGCUUCUUCUGCGGUCGUGUCUCGUCGUCAUGACUAUAUUUAUGGCGUUGAGCUUCAAGACACCCGGCUCUUUCUUAAUUUCAGCUCGAACAGCGGAUUGGUCGAGUCUGAUGGGCAGUCUACCGGUGGGUACCCUCGCACUCAUCAAUGGUCCGCUCUUUUGGGAUGCUGCCCUUUCAGCAUUCUGA